AAUAUCGAGAUCGAUUCGGUCUUUGUUCACCCCUAUUUCAAAGAGAACAAACCAAUUCCCAAGCGGAGCUCUAUAGUCAUUUUCAAACAUUCAAGAGUGAUGGCUGUCUGAAACGGCGUCGUGGCAGUCUGCACUCCAUUGACAAAUACUCGAAUCAGUUCUGUAAUCCGGCCACAGAUAUCCAUUUUUAGUGCAUCUCCGAUGAGCUUCGCUAAAUCUUCUGUUUUCCUCAAAUACCCAACAACUUCGAUCUGUUUCAAUAUCUGCAAAUCGGAGAUUUUGGAAUCCGGCUAUUGUCGGUUCCUCCGAUGAAGAAGAACAUGGGUCACCAGCGUUUGUUGGGUGUUCUUGUUCUCAUAUGGUGUUUGAUUUGCCGGAAUUGCGGCGCGGCGUGGCUGGAAAUGAGGAACGCAUCGAUGGCUCUGCCGCUGAAGACCCGGAAGAUCGAAUCUGGCUUCCUGCCUAGAGCUCCGCGGAAGCUGCCCUUCACCCACAACGUCACCCUCACGGUGUCCCUCACCGUCGGUUCGCCGCCGCAGAAUGUGACGAUGGUUCUCGACACAGGGAGCGAGCUGUCCUGGUUGCGAUGCAACGAGACCUCGAUCGACCAACCCGUUUUCUACCCGAACCGGUCGGAUUCCUACGCGGCGGUUCACUGCUCGUCCCCUACCUGCACUGUCCGGACGCAGGACUUCUCCAUACCCGCUUCCUGCGACUCCAAGAACCUCUGCCACGCCGUUCUGUCCUACGCCGACGCUUCCUCAUCCGAAGGCAAUCUAGCCACGGAUACGUUCAGCGUUGCCGGGUCGAACUUCACCGGCACCAUAUUCGGGUGUAUGAAUUCCGGUUUCAGUAGCAAUUCCUACGAGGAUUCCAAGACCACCGGGCUAUUGGGUAUGAACCGCGGAUCUCUGUCUUUCGUCUCCCAAAUGGGUUUCAAGAAAUUCUCCUACUGCAUUUCAAGCUCCGAUUUUUCGGGUCUCCUCCUCCUCGGAGACACCAACUUUACCGGGGGCUUACCUCUGAACUACACGCCGCUGGUUCAAAUCGACAUCCCAUUGCCCUAUUUCGACCGGGUGGCGUACACCGUCCACCUGGAAGGCAUAAAAGUGUCGGACAAAUUACUCCCGGUGCCCAAAUCCGUAUUCGAACCCGACCACACGGGGGCGGGUCAAACCAUGGUGGACUCCGGAACCCAAUUCACCUUCCUCCUCGGGGAGGCAUACGCCGCACUGAGGGGCGAGUUCUUGAACCAAACGUCGGGAGUCCUACGGGUCCUGGACGACCCGGAUUACGUGUUCCAAGGGGCGAUGGACCUGUGCUACCGGAUUCCGGUGAACCAGAGGAGGCCGGUGCGGCUGCCGCCGGUGACAUUGCUGUUCAGAGGGGCGGAGAUAAAGGUGUGGGGGAGCGGGCUGCUGUACCGGGUUCCGGGCGAGAUGCGGGGGAACGAUUCCGUCCACUGCCUGACGUUCGGCAACUCGGAGCUGCUGGGAGUGGAGGCGUAUCUGAUCGGGCACCACCACCAGCAGAAUGUGUGGGUUGAGUUCGAUCUGGCCAAAUCCAGGAUCGGUUUCGCUCAGGUCAGAUGUGAUUUAGCCGGUCAAAGAUUUAACGUGUGACAAAAAAAAAACAAUCUUUUGAGCCACAAAAUGUUGCACUAAGUUGCGUAUGUACGUAUGACUGUGUAGUUUAACCUCACUCCUCUCAUUACUCUGUAAUCUGUAUUGGUUAUCAAUAAGGAUUUUUGUAUUAACAUUAAUCCAGCCUCCUUUUAAAAUAGAAUAUUAGACAAUAU